GAUAAUUACAAGUGGCAGCAAAAGCCCAUUGUCUAAAAAACAAUAAUGACGCGAACAAAUAAAGACAACUGGAGAAUGGCAACAAUGUUGCAGCGGGAGGUCAGAAAAAUGCCGCCGAGUCAAGUAGCUGAGUGUAAGACUCCGACGUAGGUAGAAAUAAAUGUGUGCGCUCGUGCAUUAUUGUGGUGUGUAAUCUAUUCGACGACGAUCUACCACCACGUUCCUGUUGUCCAAUUCACCGUGUGCUGAUUGAAGACUCGACAGAAAGUGGGCGGUUCUUCCGCAUCAAGCCAGCAACACACACGUCUUGUUGCUGCUACGCCAUCUUGGAACAAUAAUCAGAACUUCCCAUAUUGUUUGCCAUAGUCUAGUCGUCUGCUUGUCUUCGUUUUCCACGUGCGGAGAAGAAGAAAAAACGAGACGUAAUCAAAGAUAAAUCAUGCCAAAGGUCAAGACAAAGUUUGGGCAAGAGAAUAAAUUGAUUCAUCCCAAUAGUCGGAAAGCUGAUCAAAUAUCACGAGAAUGGCAUCGUGAUGUACGUGUCAAACACAAUAAGAAGGCAAUGGCUCAGAAGAUGACGGCCUUAGGAGAGAAAAUUGCGUGGUUUCGUGAUCAGCUCGACCCUGAUGUGACUGUGUACACGAUAGAACAAACAGCAGACCUGGUUGAACGGUACCUGGGCCGAUUUGAUGAAGAACUUGAACAAAUUAGGUUGAAAAACCAGAUUGGCCAGAGAAGUUCAAGACAGCACGCUAGCAGAGAGGAUGCUAUUGAACUUUCUCAAAAAUUGGAAAAAGAUGAGUACGAAGGUUGCGGACUGGAAAUCCCUGAUCUUUCCAACCCAAAAAAUUUGGAAUAUUUACGGUCUUGGACUGGCGUUCUACGCUUCAUUCCAAACAUUACACUCAAAAGGUUCAGGAAACCACAGGAUAAGGGUGUUAAUGCCACAUCUGACACUCCUUCUACAGCUGAAGAGGAAGUGGAAAGAAGUGAUGAUAAAACUAUGGAAGUUGCUUGAUUUGAAUACAAAGCGUAAUGUCAGUAAA